AUGAAGGGUACUGUCGUUGUAGCAAAAAAGUGGCUAUGGCUUGGGGCUUUCGUAACUGCCUCUGUCUUAUAUUCGCUGCAGUUCGUAAGUCCUGGCAAUUCCGAUGGACCUCACCAAAUAGAAUCUCAUCUCAUCGCAACUCCAAAGAAGCCAUGUCAGCCCUGGAAGAUGAGGGGAAAGUUUGUUGCAUUUGAACAUCCUAUAGAAUCAGAAACAUCGCCAGGCUAUCCAUACAACACUAGUAGAUGCAUACAAGUUUUCAACCGGUAUCAUGGAACUGUCACUGCUAGGAACGCUCCCUUCCCGUAUCAAUUCAUUCCAGACGACGAUUGUGAAUUGCAAGAAUGGGAUCCUUUCGCAUUCCUUGAAAUGUUUCGGAACCGAGAGAUUACCAUAUCUGGAGAUUCUAUGUCUCAGCAAAUUUAUGUUGUCUUGAUUUGUGGACUAGAAGCACCAUUCUUUUCGAGCCAAAAAAAAUGGGAUCCUGCUCUGCUUCCUCAGCCUUCAGAACAGAUAAGUCCAACUCAUGCACAUGAAGGACGAAAGUGGUAUUUUCCCACCCAUAAUGUUACCGUCCAUCAUGUGUGGCAUUAUUAUUGGUGGGAUACGUACAACAAACCUGGAAGUCUAGACGCUAUCUCCAAUAGCUCAUUGUGGGCACCUAUGGUUGGACCGUGGUAUCAAAAUGAGCAAGAUCUCCGAUUGGAACUACAACAUUUCUUGUCAAACGGAUCGAAUCCAGAUAUCGCUCCAAAGCAACUGUGCGUGAUUGUCUUCGAGGUCGUCUUAUGGAUUGUCGCAUCUGCAGGAACGGUCCUGCUCAACAAGUACAUUUUGUAUGAGCUCAAUUUCCGGUUUCCUCUGUUUCUGACAUUAUGUCAAGCUCUAUUUGCCACUGCAGGAACGAGGGCACUUCGGAUCCUCACAAAACGUACUGAAGAGUUUGCUGUCGAGAGGAAAUCGACUAGUGAACUGACUUUACCAAUAAGCAUACUAUAUUCCAUCAGCUUGAUGGCAUCAAAUAUCGCAUAUCUUCACCUGACUGCUGCUUAUAUUGUUGUGCUAAAAGCAAGCACUCCAGCCAUAACUUUGAUCUUGAGGUAUUCAUUGCGUAAAGAAGGGGUGGUUUGGGCUCUUUUUAGAUCGAUGAUAGUGAUUGCAGGUGUAUUCUUCGUUACGUAUCCCGAGACCCAAAUACUGGUCGUCGCUUUAAUGUUUCAAGUGAUUGGGAUCAUUUCCGAGGCUGCCAGAAUCGCUAUAACUCCUCAAUUGCGUCCAGAAAGGCAAAUUGACGCCCUCCAGCUUCUUCACGAUCUCGCACCUGUAUGCGCUUGCGCGAGUGGCGUGGGAUUCUUGUUGUUGGAGGCUAGCCAUAUUUCCAUCAGCCAAAUCAAUGCACUUGGGAUACUGUUGCUGCUAAACUGUUUUGUGGCCUUUCUUGCCAAUCUCGAACCAAGUGUGAUGGCCGGGAAGGCUUCGACUGUAGUUGCGACGGGUGCCAGAUUUGUUAGAGAUGCCCUCGUGAUUACGACUUCAACCCUGUGGUGGUCUACAACCACAUCCGUAGUACAGAUACUCGGCUAUAGCAUUGUCAUGAUCGGGGCCCUGUGGUAUCCAGACCGUCAACGAGUCACCGUUCUAUUAGUUGCAAUGGUGCUGCUUCCAGCUGUCUGGAGUCUAUUUAACAACACGCUUGAUGUCAACAUAAGAGACGUCUCCAAUCCAGUAACAGAUAUAUAUAAUAGGCCAAACUAUAGUGAGCUGAUUCCAACCGCACCUGCAAGUUCGACACCACGGCCCUCUCCUUCACUGCCGCCGAAGAAGGCAAGUCCGUUACGGUCGUUAAUAGCUGGUCAGCGAUUAGCUCCAUCUGCAAAUAAAAAUUCGAGUAACCCCAAAGUGCUGCUAUUGGGUAUAUUUAGUACUGCCCAAAAGUUUGGACGUCGACAACUAAUAAGGUCGACAUAUUUGCAGCAUAGAACAUCCAGAACAGAUGUUAUAUUUGUAAUAGGCAAGCCAAAGAAUGAUGUCAUGGGUACUUACGUUGCCUUGGAAAACCAACUAUUCUCAGAUAUUCUUGUUUUAAAUAUCCCGGAGAACAUGAACGAAGGCAAAACAUACGAGUAUUUUGCAGCAGUAGGGAGAGAAUUUGGAGACGAUGAAUAUCUGUAUGUCGCCAAAACCGACGACGAUUCAUUUAUAUUGUUGCCGAGACUGGAGCACCGUCUAGACGUAGAAGGAGCUGUCAAACGAACAGGGGCUUACUUUGGACAUCAAUGGGACUUUUACAUGCAUGGUUGGGGUUACGGUCUGUCUUGGGAUCUUGUAAAAUGGCUUGCUUAUGAUCCUUAUCCGAAAGCUCACACCAUACCAGGCGAGGCAGAAGAUAAGCAAAUUGGGCUUUGGCUACGAGAUCAACAUAAGACUCAACACUUUUGGACAUUCGACAAGACAGAGUUUUAUGAGCCCCCUAGGGCAUAUCGAUCCGACUUUAAACGUAAUGUUACAAUGAAUAGUACAAUCUUGUUGCACAGUCUCAAAUCUGACAUUGACUUUAUCGUCUACACGAGAAUGCUCUUGUUGGAUAUUGUGCCGCCAGAAUAUAGAACUCAUUCAGCAAGUUGA